AUGCCGACGUCCACCGGGCUUACGUGGCUUACGUGGCUGCUCUUUUGUCUAGCUACUCGAGCUCUUCAGCCGCCCCUGUAUGAUGCAAGUGUCGGCGGCGGACAAGCUGGACACUACCCCACGUUACCUAGCUUCAUAACGUCAAAAAUACGAGCUCCACGCGUCAACUUCGCUACAUGGACCCCAGAGUGCGACGAUGGGCUCUACUAUUUCAUCACUCCUCGUGGCUGGAAAGUCAAGGAUCCUGGUCCGAUGAUACUGGAUGCUGCAGGUACUCUGAUAUGGACGCAACAUUUUGCGAAUAAUUACGGUGGUCAGGCAUACGAUUUGAAGGUGCAGGCCUAUCGGGAUGAAGCAGUAUUAACCUUCUGGCUCGGUGACGAUACUGUCAGAGGUCAUGGUCAGGGACAUUAUUACAUUUUGAACUCUUCCUACGAUGUUGUGCACAAGGUAGCAGCAGCGAAUGGUCUGUUCGCGGAUCUUCAUGACUUUGUAAUCACGCCCGAGGGAACAGGUCUGAUCACGAGUUACUCCAAAACUGCAGCCGAUGUCCGACCAUUUGGUCGCAAGUUCAGCGACUUGUGGAACCAAGCAGCAUGGGACGGGGUCGUACAAGAAAUUGACUUGCAGACUGGCACUGUUUUGUUCGAGUGGCGCGCGUCCGACCAUGUGGAUAUGAAGUCGACAUACCACAAAUUAUCGCACGGCAUGAGUGCGGCAGGUACACGCGCUGAGCCUUUCGACUGGUAUCACAUUAAUUCUGUGCAGAAGGACGAGCAUGGCAAUUUUCUGGUCUCCGCUCGCAAUGUUCAUGCAAUUUCCUACAUUAAUGGCAAGACGGGCAAGGUGAUGUGGACUUUGGGAGGCAAGACCAACGACUUUCAAGAUCAUUCUGAAGGACGAGCUCUGCAAUUUGCGUGGCAGCACGAUGCUCGAUUCGUCUCGGUAGGUGCAUUUGGUCAAUCUUACACGCCGCCACGCUCGACUGCUGGCAGGAGCACGCGCCUGAUGACCAUUUUCGACAAUGCGGCGAUGGACUAUGACCACACCUUUGGCAUGCCGUACUCACGAGUCUUGCUUCUGGAAGUUGGCUGGCCUGAUGACAAAGCUCAAGAUGAUGCUCACGUUCCAAACCAUUUUGGCACUUUCGCUCAUCAGGAAGUUACAUCUCAGCUGGCCCUGAGUGAGAUAGACUCAAAGAAAGUCCAGACAAUCAAUGGCACCAACCCGGCGUAUACUGUACGUCUUCUACGCGAGUACGUGCAUCCGCUACGCAUUCGAUCCGGAACACAAGGCUCUGCACAGUUAUUUCAGGCCCACUCGCAAGAAGAUGCGACUAUCCUAGCAGGCUACGGCAUCAAUGCUGUAAUGACUCAGUACAGCAGCAACGGAUCUGUGCGUUGUGAUGCCCACUUCGGCUCAGUGAGUUCUUGGAACAACGGAGACGUGCAGAGCUACAGGGCUUUCAAGUUCCCGUGGGUCGGACGGCCGAGACAUGCACCGGCCGCUGUUUGGCGAGCUGGAAAGUUGCACGUGAGUUGGAAUGGCGCCACAGAGGUCAAGACGUGGGUGUUGCAGGCCUCAGAGAAUGGUGUUGACGGCUGGAAGACUAUCAAGCAGGAGCCAAAGAAAGGCUUCGAGACUGUGACCGAGCUCAAGGACCUAGGAGCUGAUGCAGCAAGUCGAUUUUUCCGAUUUGUCGCUCGGGAUAGCCGUGAUCAAACUUGCGACUACGGCGUCUCUGUCGUGAUGGAGAGAGGAUACCUCAGCUUAUUUGCGGGGUUGCAUCUACACACUAUCUCGGACAAUGCUGGAGUUCGCUAUGAGUACAUUCUUCUCCUAGUUUUAUCCAUAGCACUUGCCUUCAGGUAUCGACGCUGCUUCCGUUGUCGGACUUCUCGUCAAGCUGCAGUAGUCAGUGGGUGUGAGCGACGCGAAUGA